UAUAUAUAUAUGAAAUCUCGUAUUGGUAUGUGGUGUUACUAUUUUCCCCUGACGAUGGAUUCAUUACCGUAAUGCCCCCUCGUGCAUUGACUAUGUUGAUGAACCCCUGAAAUGGCCAUAGGGACUCUUGACUUCUGGCCUGAUUCAUUCCGUAAUAAAAUUUUCUACCGAAUCUUUGCAAUUCAAUAUCCAUCUGACCAAAACCAAGAAGAAUGGUGGAAAUUAUUCAAGCCAUGUGCAUCACAACGUCUGUUUAUUCCGCAUAUCUUAGUAGACGUUGAUUCCUUACUUUACGUUGAUACAGAUGUUCUGUUCUUGAGUCCAGUCACUGCUAUAUGGGAAAUCUUCAACAAAUUUUCUGAAUCCCACACAACAGGACUAGCACCAGAGCAUGAAGAUGCUGGUACUGGGUGGUACAACAGAUUUGCUCAACAUCCAUUUUUUAAACCUUUAGGUGUCAAUUCAGGUGUUAUGUUGAUGAAUUUGACAAGAAUCAGAUGCACAAAAUGGCAAUCGUUAAUCAUAGAAUAUUACAAGACUUACAGAUAUAAAAUUGUUUAUGGAGACCAAGACCUUGUGAAUAUCUAUUUUCAUUUCAAUGCAGAUGAAUUAUAUAUAUUUGAUUGUCACUGGAAUUAUCGCCCAGACCACUGUAUGUAUAUGAGUGUAUGUAAAUCAGCAGAAAAAGAAGGAGCUGCUAUUAUACAUGGUUGUCGAAGAGUCAUGCACAAUGAUCAACAGCCAGCAUUUAGAUCAGUUUAUCGCACAUUUAAACAACACAGAUUUGGAGCAGAUCUCCAACAUGAGUUACUGCCAAAUUUAAAAAGAGAACUCAGCACUGUCGCAUCAACAAAUUGUGGGAAAGUUGCAUACAUUUUUGUCAAAAGACUACAGGGAGAAGUGCUGAAAAUACUUCAAUGAAAAGACAAAGAAAACAUAUUCUGUUAUUCUUUUAGUGGUUUCCAUAAUUUGACUGCAGCCAAGUUUUGUAUUUAAUCAAAUCAACCUCAGUACUAUUUUAUGAAAAGUUUAAGUUUCCAUUUUUGGCAACACACCAUUUAACACACCAUUUAACAAAUGUAAACAUAAAUAUACAUGAACAUAGACACACACAAAUACAUAUAUUUAUAUAUAUCUUACUAUCAUCAAUUGUCAUCUAAUAGUCUACCACCUUCUCUCUCACUCUCUCUUCCUUUACUCUCUCUUCUUUCACUUUCUUACUCCCACCACAACAAUUCUAUUACUUCACUAUAAUUCUUUUGUCUCUUUCAACUGGAGAUGAGACAAUUCUCUGAUGCAAGUGAACAAAGAAAGACAAUAUGCGAGGAGGUACCCAAAAGUAACCCGAAACUGCAUCAUCUGCAUAAAAAACAUCUCUUGUAUUAGAAAAUAUCUAGAGAGAUGUAACCAAGAUUUCAUGUUACCAUCAAAGCCACAGAAUGGAAUAUUGGAAAUUUGAGAACUAAAGAGGUUGUCCUUAAUUAAAACUUGCCUCCAGUCAUAGAUAAGAAUUGUGCAGUGAUAAUUAUCUGAACCUACCAAUCUGUCCAUGUCACAUCACCCUCAUCUUCCCAUAUGUCUGUGCAGAUUAGAGCUAUGCCUAGUCUCUAUUUUGUUUUCAUAAGGGCUUUUAAGCUAAAAUAUCAUAAUAUAAGGUAAAAGUGUAAAUAUUUGUUUUCACUCCUGUAUUUUUAACAUACAUUAUAGUAACUUUUAAUAUCACUUUGAAGUCUAUUUAAUAACCUUUUAAACAAAUUAAACUCCCUAAUAUUUAUGUAUAUUUUAAUAGGAAUUAAAAAGAUAUAAUCAAUUCAUUGAGUUGAAAUAUU